AUGCAGCGAUUUCCCGCAUCGUUUUGCCAGUCGGUGCCCGAAGCAGGCGACCGCUGUGACUUCCAAAGUGACCGACGCGUCUUUGCUAGUCAGGUCAUGGUGAAUGUGCACCAACGCAUUGGUUCUACCUUGGGCCUGCCUGAGGAUCAGAUUGAGGAAGCGUGGCUCUUCAAUUGGGACAAGACACGUCGAGGACAAGAUUUACAUCUGGACAAUUAUCACCAUUUCCAGUUUCCCAAGCGAAUUGCAUCGGUUCUUGUUCGUCUACGUGACGAUCCCGUUGGCAUCGCAUUUCCGAUGGCCAACUGGUCAUAUGGGCAUGCACUGUCCCAGGAUACUGAACUUCUCCAGAGAUUGAACCUGGAGGCCAAUUCGCUGCCCUGGCGCGGCAAUGGCAAGGGUCGGAGUUUCAAAAGUCUCAGAUACUUGGACCAGGCUUUCGAGGAGGUCUGUCAGGAGGCCCCGUUGCGACUUCGUCAAGGCGAUGCGCUCUUGUACUAUCAUUUGCACGAGCAUGGACAGGUGAACCUGCGCUCCAUGCAUGCGUCUUGCAAAACGGAGACCGCCGACGAAUCCAAGAUUUUUAUGGCCAAGUUCGUACGUGGAGGCUCCCUGCUAGGCACCUAUGGUUCAUUGAGAACACCACCUUUGCUCGCCGAACUGCGUGCAUGGAUGGAUCAGCAGCAGCUUGACAGCGGUCUCAACACAGGUGCGCUGUGGAUUUCUGGGGAAGAUAUUGGUGUGUUGGAUCCGAGCAGAUGUGGAGAGUCUCAGUAUCCUUGGUUUGUUCGACCAGCAGAGUCUGGUUCAACGCCGGAGCUGCUGUGCGGUGUGCCACCAGACAAAGAGUUCCAAAAACGUCAGCCGGGGGAGGUCUUUGAAAUUCACAUCGUGAUAGGCAACACAGGUUCCAGGCCGUGGCCUGCGCAGACGGUGCUGUCCUUGCGCGAUGGUGACCCCAUGGCUGGACCCGCAGGACUCCGACUACAGGAGGUGCCACCAGGCAGCACGGUACCUCUUUCUUUGCAACUACAAGCACCAACGAGUGGCAAGGCCUUCUCUGUUUGGAGUCUCGCAGAUGAAAAUCGAGUACCUUUUGGUGCCCUCAUCUGGGUGGAUGCUGUUGGGAUUGCCCAGUGA